AUGCUCAGAUUAUCCUCAAACUCCUCAGAUUAUCCUCAGACUACCCCUCAAACUCCUCAGACUCCUCCUCAGAUUAUCCUCAAACUCCUCAGACUACUCCUCAAACUACUCCUCAGAUUAUCCUCAAACUACUCCUCAGAUUAUCCUCAGACAACUCCUCAGAUUAUCCUCAAACUCCUCCUCAGAUUAUCCUCAAACUCCUCAGAUUAUCCUCAGACUACUCCUCAGAUUAUCCUCAAACUCCUCCUCAGAUUAUCCUCAAACUCCUCAGACUACUCCUCAAACUACUCCUCAGUCUAA